AUGACGACUGGGACUACGAUGAGGAUACGACGACUGAUAGCCUCUGGAAGUAGUGGUGCGCGGGGUCCUGUAGACCAGCCACGAAGACAUCGCCGUAUGAGCUAUGGCGCUCGCGGUGGCCGUCGGAAAAGCACUGCAUUACCCAAUGAUGAAAGGCGCGAUCCUACGGUUAUCCCCAGUUCUUCAUUCCUUGGAUUUUUAGAACGUUUCCCCUGGAGAAUUGGUGCCAGAGGCAUAAGAUAUAGGCCCUCUGCAGCUGACUUGCAAGAAAAUCCGGGAGGAACGCGACGGGAUACUAUGGAGAGCGAACCUCUGAUUGAGGGGAGUGAUGAGAGCGACAUGGACGGUUCUAAGGAUGACGAGGGGUUGCCUGCGACGAAAACUAGAUUAAGGAGCGGUACUCAAUCAUCACGAGAAACCAGCAAUUCCUUAAGCUCGCGCGGCGAUCUCCUACCCAGCGAUGAAGAAGAAGAUGCUGUUCCCCUUGACGACGAAUUUGCCAUGACAUUAGGCCGCCGGGACACCUGGGGAUCAGGAUUGCAAGACGCCCCGCCUGCAAGUAGAUCUGCCUCUGGAAUAUCAAUGAAAACCACAGAAUCCUCCAAAGACUCGAGAACUUCGGGCAAAGGAAAAGGAAAGCGGAGGAAGAAUCGAAGGAGAACUGUCUCUUCCAAGUCCCCUAAAUCACCAGUAUCAGACGGAGAAAUGAGAGAAACAACGCAAAUUCCUUCUCUGCUAGACUUGAAGAGAGAGGAAGAGCAGGCUCGAUACAAAGAAGAGAUGGAAAUUGAUCGGAAGCGACAGGCUGCGCAGAAGCUCGCUCGAGAUCGCGGCUUAAGCGUGGUUGAAGAUAAUGGAAAGCCUGUAAACGAAAAUGACGACAUCUCACAAGACCCGCAACGCGAACAACAACUACUUGACGACGCAACUCACAAACUCCCUUCGUCUCAUGGGCAAGGUUUACACUCGACAGACAUAGACAAACCACCUAAUCCUGUAGAUAAUCGAGAUCCACCAGAUCAAGAGCCAUAA